GGGAGGGGCUGGGGGAAUUUUUCGCACAUAGCAACAAGUGGACUCCAGACUUCACGCACACGUUGAAGCUGUGGACAUAUUGUCAAAUCAAAAGUUAUUGUUAUUUAUUUGGAGGAAAUAUCUCAUAAUUGGUAGAUUCAAGUAAGGUGUUGAUCAAUAUAUACUUUUGAUCGAUUUAAAUUGGUUAAUAAUGAGUUAUAGUUUAGCUUAUUUGAACGAAGAAUGUGCCUUCGCCGUUCGAUGAAGAACCCAAUCUKCUGACAUGAUCCUGGACUUUGCAAUUGUCUAUUUCGAUUAAUUCAUGCAAGAUUUCUACGAAGUAUGGCCACCACAGAUUGUAGGCUUGCCUAAAGACAACAAUCUUUACUGAAUAUGUUGAAAGGACUAGCUGCCGUUUGGACAACUCUCUUUUCGAGGACAUUCGCUUCACACUGGAACACAUUUGGCUUAAAAUCCUACUUCCUCACUGGCGUUUCCUAUCCAAAAUCUUGAUUCUUAAAGAUUAUGCCGUUAGAUAAAGUGCUGCAUAUGUAAAGAGCCAUGGACAAAGGAGACGAAGAUGUUGUCAUGAACGGUAUUUCAGAAGAGUCUAAGUAUGGUUUAUUGCAUGAGGUAUCCAUGGAUGAACAACAUAAACUCAGUUCUUACACUGAUGGCAGUGAUGAUGAUAAGAGUCAAGAUCAUGAGAGUGAUAUUACUCCAUCUUUGAGUGAUGAUGAUGAUGAAUUUGACAGAGCAAAAGGCUCAUAUUUCCACAUUCCUUAUGGAUUUCAAAGUUUGGGAUGUUAUAAACAUGCUUCAAAGAACUGUGAAAUWGGCGGAGUCACCUACAAUUUUAGAUUUAGACAAUUUGUCAUCUUGGAUUCUAGAGGAAUUACAAGUUGGUCUCAUGAAAGUGUUUACAGCACAGUUACUAGACACCUCAACUACCCUGCUUACCAAUUUAAUGUAUUGAGAAUGAUAAUCUUCUCAAGAAAGUUCAAUGUUUAUUUUGCUUUGUCAAAGGACUAUGCAUUGAAGGUGUUCAAUCUUAAUUUCCAUGAAGUGAUUUCUGUUUCUGCUGAGAUGCAUUCAGUGCUGUGUAUGGUCUUCAAUCCUGGAAAAGAUGAACUUAUCACGGGUGGAACUGGAGGAAUGAAGUUUUGGAGGUUUGGUGAGCUGUCCAGAGACAAGAGGAAAUCAUGGAGCAGUGAUUCAAGACCUAUGGCAAACUAUGGACUUGUUUUAAGGGCAGCAUAUCCAGAGAUGGGUGGAAGUUGGGUCAAACAUGUUGAACUAGAUGUUGCAAUGCAGAGGUUGUAUUGCUUAUCAGAAAGGAAUGUUGUUGCCUAUGACAUGAUGGGCAAUGAGUUAUUUCAGGUCAAAAAUGCACAUAGAGGACCAGUCACAGGCUGUGUGUACUCAAUAUCUUGUAACCUGCUGAUAACUUCUGGCAAUGACUGUGACGUUAAUGUUUGGAGUCGAAGUGGUGGUCUAAUACACACUUUCAGUUGUCAUACAAAGGUCAUCACCAAGAUUAUGAUUCAUCCUGAAGCAUCAGGAGUAGUYAUCAGUGCUUCCAUGGAUGGAAUGAUAAAAGUAUAUUCACURGACAUCAUGGAGGAGAUAUACAGUCUUCCWGUGUUUCAUGAGGGAAUCAACUGGCUGGAUUGUGUUUCUUCAAAAGUCAUGUACUGCUGUUCAAAUAGACAAAUUGAAGUCUUCUCUCUUAACCAUGUUGUUGAUUUCUGGGCAUURUCUCGAUGUUCUGUUCAGUCUUUGUCCCUUGUGGCAUCACCAGGGAAGUCUUCAAGGAUAAUGGCAGUGGGAAACGACAGCAGUGUCCGUCUGAUUUCCAAGGGAAGUAAAAGUCUGAGCACUGUCCUACCACCACCAUCAAUAUCAGCAUUAAACAAAGUUCAAUCAGUCACAUACAGCAGGGAGUUUAAUAUCAUGUAUCUACUGAUUGAUAGUCAACAAAUAUGGAUCUAUUACACUAGAACAAACCCUGCUACUCGACUUGAGGCGUGGCAGAUAGACGUCUCCAAGCCCAAGGUCCAGUCCCCGUGCCACCACCCCAAGGGAUGUUGUUAGCCUUCUUUUCCCUGAA